AUGACGGGCACAGUUGAGCUGGAACAAACAGUAGAAAAAUUAUCAAACAUGAUGGGCGAAGUUAAGUUUUCACCAAAAAACCGAGAUAUCUUAAACAAUUUGGGAAAUGAGCUGGUGAUUUCACAAUCCAAGCCAGUACUAGAAUUUGUUGAUAUUAUUAUUGAGAGGUUCAUGUAUCCACGACUGCCAUCAAAGUCCUUAAUGGGACUUCUACUGCUGCAGGAAUGCGCAAUUAUAGACGAAGAAAGUAACGACAAUGACGAUCUAGAUAACUUAAUCAAGUACGAGACAUUUGAUCUUGGUCAUCCAAGAAUAUUAGAAUUAAUAUUGAUAAGACAAAAAUUGGAAGAACUUAACUCUACAGAAAAGAAAACCUGGAAAUCAGAUGAGUACAUGACAAAACUAUUAACAAAAGUGCAGCAGGUGUAUGUUCUGCUAGUUCAUCUUCUACAAGUGCUGAGUGAUCACAUAGAAGUUCCUGCCCAUUCCGCUUUUUACAAAGGCAUCGUGCUUGAUAGCAUAGCUGAUUUUCAGCGCGCCUUUGAAUCCUUUAAAAUUUUAGACUUCAUUUGCCAAUCUUUGAUUAGAAGUGUUGCAGAAUCAGGCAAAUCUGAUAAUAGCAUUUUCUAUGUGGAGGACACUCUUUUGCGUCACAUAGAAAGUUUCAUUCAGGGAAAUAUAAAAUGGUACGAGGAUAUCAUGUUGCAGUCAACGGCUUUAAAAGAGUUUUACUUGACUGAAAAAAAGAUGUUGCCGCAAAGCAUUCCUUCACAUGAGACUGACUUGUUGCAUCAGAAGGGAUUCGAAAUUUUCCUGGAAAAACGAAAGUUGCGAUUGAGAAUUUCCACCAGAAGAGUAUUCUAA